AUGGAGAGGGCCGCUUCAGCCUUAGGCACGCUGGAGGAAGCAAUUGCCUCCCGCCUCAUCCCCUCGCGCUGUGGUCGCUCCGUGGGCUCCGUUGAACGGAAGUUGCUAAGCUUCACCUGCAGAGAUGGUGGCCUUGGACUCCUCGAUCCCACUGCACCCUCUGGUCAGUACAAGGCGUCAUGCACCAUCAACGCUGCGCUGGUGUCAAAGAUCAUCUGCCAGGACCCAGCCCUAGGUGCCACCCUCGACACUGUCUGCCAGACCAAGCGGAAACUGGCUAGUUACACCAGCCUGGCCACAGGAAGAGCUGCCACUGAAUUUCUGCUGUCACUCCCGUCGGAUCUUCAGUAUUGCAUGAGGCUAGCCAGCGAGAAAGGUGCCUCCUCCUGGCUCACAUGCCGUCCCCUGAAGGCGCACGCAUUCGCUCUGUCGAAUGGCGAAUUUCGGGACGGCCUGGUACUUCGUGUCCGCACCGGCAUCAUCGAUUCCGGUCAGCGUCCAAUCUUCUCUCUUGUGUUUGACAUGCAAUCGGCAGUUCAACUGCACAAGGCACCAAGACAACAUGUCCUGCAGGUACCGACAACUCCAUCUCAAACACCACACGAGAUGAGUAUACCACAGGGUCAGCCACACUCUCGGGUGCACACGCCGGGACAACGCCAGGUUGAGCCAUGGGUUCAACAACCCGUGCAGACAAUGAAUCGUCAAGGGCAACACGAGAAGAAUAUGACGAAACAGACUGACCAUUGUGUAGUGCUUGGCGAUUUCAAUGCUCGAGUUGGAUCUAGUGAGCAGGGUGAUGAGUGGUCCACUGUACGUGGUCCGCAUGGAUUUGGUGCACUGAACUCUUCAGGAGCUGACCUGCUAUCAUUUGCUGCAUUCAAUCAGUUGAGUAUUUGUAACACCUGGUUCCCCAAGCGAGACCUCUUCAAGCGGACUUGGCAGCACCCAGGCACUUUGAACUGGCACUGUAUCGACUACAUUCUAGUGCGCCAGGAGGACCGCCGUUGGUGUAUGGACACUGCGGUCGCGCGCAGUGCUGAGUGUGGAAGUGACCACCAACUCCUCUGUUUUACUUUUGCACUUCCGUGUGGACGAUUAGUUUGGGAGCGCGACCGGGCAAAUGUGCGGCGCCGCCGUUAUGAUGUUGCCCAGCUGCGGGUGCGCACCUCGGACCCGGACUCACCUUCGCCUGCAGAAAGGUACCAAGCUACCAUUGCAACCGAGCUUGUAGAUACAUGGCAAGAACAGCACGACAUAGAUCAGAAAUGGUCCAACGUCAAGGCGGCUAUCGACAAGUCUGCUGCGUCUGUCUUGGGCUUCUCCCGGCGUCGCCAACCAGACUGGUUUCGGGAGGCAGAGUCAGCCAUCCAGCCAUUGCUAGAUGAACGGAAUCGGUGCUAUACCGACUGGCUAUGUAGUGGCCAGAGCCGCGACUGCUCGCACUACACAGCGUUUAAGGUGGCUAGAUCCAGGGCGCGUGCUUCCAUAUCCUCGGCUAGGGUAGACUGGAUAAAGGCAAAGGCACAGGCGGCCUCAGAGUCGAGAUUCAAUGGAGCGGUUGUAUGGAAGUGCAUCCAUGACCUCCAGUCUUGUACCCGGGGCCUCGCCCCUGUGCGCACUUCCGCCGUGCUGGAUGAGAACGGUAACAUCUGUAGUUCACCAGAGGAGCAGAGCCACCGGUGGGGAAGACACUUUGACGGUGUUCUCAACGUGGCAAGUGCAUGGAAUCGCAAUGCCCUGGACGACAUCCCACAGCGACAGGAGGCUGAUCAUCUUGCUGAGGCGCCGACUCUCCGUGAAGUCAGCCGCGCUAUCUCCCGCCUACAGAACGGCAAGUCCGCUGGAGCCUCUGGCAUCCUCCCUGAGAUGCUGAAGAGGGGUGGCCCUGACCUCACCGCCAAGCUUGUGGAGCUGUUUGGCGAUGUGUGGCGUGCUGGGGUGGUCCCGCAGGAGUGGGUGGACGCCACGUUGGUCCCCAUCCCAAAGAAAGGGGAUUUAUCUCGCUGUGAUAAUUGGCGGGGUAUCUCACUGCUGGAUGUUGUGGGCAAGGUUCUGGCGAGCGUCAUCCAGACUCGUCUCCAGUCCGUGGCUGCAGAUUUUCUCCCAGAGUCUCAGUGUGGCUUCAGGCGUGGCCGAUCUUGUACAGAUAUGGUUUUCAGUGUUCGGCAGUUCCUCGAGAAGACCAUUGAGCACGACUGCAAAGGCUUCUUUGUAUUUAUAGACCUCAAGAAAGCCUAUGAUUCCGUGCCUCGGGAUUGCCUGUGGGAAGUCUUAUCCCGAGCGGGUAUCCCUGCUCCCAUGCUUGCCGUGAUCCGUUCCUUUCACACUGACAUGUCGGCGGUGGUUCGGGUAGAGAACACGACAACUGACCCUAUCCGCGUCACGAAUGGUCUCCGUCAGGGGUGCACCAUGGCACCUGUGCUGUUUAACAUCUUCAUGUGGGCGGUAGUGACUGUGUGGCAGCGACGAGUCCGAGAUGUACCCGGUGUUGGUUUUGAGUUCCGGCAUUGUGAUGGUGACACUAACGUUCACUGCAAGCCUACCAGGACGGAUCCGGUUGCCAUUGCCACUGAGUCACAGUUUGCAGACGACUCAGCACUUUUCGCGACGACUCGUGCAGGGGCGGAGACGGCACUUGCAGUGUUUGACACGACCGCAGCUGAGUUUGGGCUUAAAGUUAGCGCUACCAAGACACAGUUCUUGGUUGCAGGUAGGGAUGUUUCGCCUGGGGACUGCGCUCCAAUCGAGCUAGCUGGCACGGUCAUCGAGUGUGUUUCGGAGUUCCGGUAUCUGGGAUCUCUCAUUCAUCGCGGUGGCCGGUCGACACAGGACAUCACUGCUCGGAUUGCGCAUGCCUCUCCUGCUUGUGGCGCCUUGCAAGGAACCAUCUUCAGCAAUCCUGACCUUGAUUUGCAUAUCAAGAGAGAUUGCUGGAAUAAUCACACGACCAACGCCCAACUGUUGGAGAUGUGGGGUGACUCUGAUACCAUCUGCGUGAAGGUCUCACAGCGUCGCCUAGAGUGGCUGGGCCAUGUUGCUCGAAUGGACAGUAGCCGGAUGCCGAGACAGAUCCUGUUUGGCUCACUUCUCACACGUCGCCCAGCACAUGGCCCUCGCAAGCGCUGGAAGGAUUGCGUUGUCUCCGACUUAAGAGUUCGUGGCCUCACCAAGGAAUGGUACCCUAUCGCCUGGUUGGGGUGGGCUAGUAGAGAAGGGUAG